ACUUAUGAAGAAUGUUUGAAGAUUAUGUGUUCAUGUCUUCCUAGACAUCAUCCUGACAUUGGAACCGUUUUGUGGAAUCUUGGUGUAGCAUACCGUGAGUUAAACAACAUUGAGAAGGCAACUGUUGUGUGGAGAGAAUGUCUGGCAAUUAGAGAGAGAGCAUUUUCUCCAACACACCCUUGUGUUAUUGAUGUAUUGAAGUCACUGGGGAGAAUUGCAUAUGAUCAACAACUUUACGACGAGUCAUUACAAUUGUAUGGUAAAUUACAGGACAUUCUGAUGAGAACAUCUCCUGUAUCAGAGGAUAUGGCUACAGGCAUAGACAAUCGUAUAAAUGUGUUAAUUAAUAACAUUACUAUCUUAUUGUUAUUGUGUCUAGUGUGUCACAACAUGGGAGCGUGUUAUUUCAAGUUGUCUCAAUUAGAUGCGGCAGAAAAGGCAUUGUCCCAGUCAUUGCAGCUCAAAACUUCUCUUUAUUCACCAGGACAUUACACAAUAUCUAUCACUGAAACGCAAUUGCACCAGCUGUGGCAAUUGAAAUAUGGACGUUAAGAGGAUUGUUUGAUCGAUGUACCCAGAUUACAUUGUUUUAUUUGCUGACCUUGUGGAGUUUAGUAUGUAUUUGUCACGUGAUACCAGGUUCCUACAAUCUGAACAGACUAAUUGCCGUGUAUGCAAAUAACGUAUUUGUAAUAAUCUUGCUAUCCUUGCUGUUGUGAUGAUCAUGAUGUAUCUGCAAAUUUACAAUUUAGUAUAGUACAUGCAUUGUAUUGUUAAUUAACUCAAUUACAUCUCAUACUAUUAACCAGUAA